AUGGUGACUUGUCCUGACUCCUUAAGAAGCAGGAUUAAUUGUUCCAUUCCUUUUAAAACAGGCCUGGAAGAAAUAGAAUUCUUACAGUUGAUGUUCAAAGAAGACUUCAUCUGUGACAGCUACUUGAGUAAAAGUCUGCACGGAAGGAUUACCACAGAAGAAUUACAUUUCGGGGAAGGGGUGCAUCGAAAAGCUUUCCGAAGCAAGGUGUUGCAAGGCUUGGUGCCUCCACUCAGCCCAGGUCACCCCUGUGUUUUGAAAGUGCACAAUGCCAUUGUGUAUGGGACCAAGAAUAACGAUGAACUUGUGGAAAAGAAUUACAAAUUGGCACUACAGGAAUGUUAUGUUCAGAACACAGCAAGAGAAUACGCCAAAAUCUAUGCUGCCGAAACACAACCUCUUGAAGGCUUUGGAGAAGUACCUGAAAUCAUUCCUAUUUUCCUUAUUCAUCGGCCCCAGAAUAACAUCCCUUAUGCAACAGUGGAAGAGGAACUCAUUGGAGAAUUCGUGAAAUAUUCUGUUAAGGAUGGGAAAGAAAUAAAUUUCAUGAGAAAAGACUCAGAAGCUGGCCAGAAAUGUUGCACGUUUCAGCACUGGGUGUACGAAAAAACCAGUGGCAGCUUGCUUGUAACAGAUAUGCAAGGUGUAGGAAUGAAACUAACUGACGUUGGCAUAGCAACACCGGCCAAAGGGUACAAAGGUUUCAAAGGCAAUUGCUCCAUCUCAUUUAUCGAUCAGUUUAAGGCUCUCCACCUGUGCAACAAAUACUGUGAGAUGUUAGGACUGAAACCCCUUCAAAACAGUGGUCUGAAACAGAAGAAGCCUGCAGUCUCCCGAAUCAAGGUGCAAUCCAAUCCAACUAUGGCAAAGAAAAGAUUGGUCAAUGCGCAGACUUCCAAAAAAACAUGA